AUGUUUCUCAACCUUUUUUUGCUAUCUCAGAUAAUUAUCCUUCUAAAGAUAAUAAAACCAUCCUUUGAGAUCAGCUACGAGUAUGUUUUCGAGGACGAAAAGGUGUUUGCUGAAUGUAUGGAUAGCCCACCGGGAUAUUCAAAUAUCUCUCGAUUGUUUGAUUUAACGUUUUUCCACACGGAAAUGACUCCAGAAGGUCUUCAUGCAACAGGAAAAUUAAUCUCUUCGUGGGAUAUUCAGCCAACAGAUCGCAUUGAGGGACGACUUAGCGUCCUUUACUUGGAUCGUGGUACGUGGCAACCGACAGUACUUAAUAUGAUAACCAGAGAUUUUUGCAAAAUAUAUCUCGACCCGAAACAAUUUUGGUACACUUGUUUUCCAAAAUACAUUAUCAACCGAGAGGAAGCUGAAGAAAAAUGCUUCACCCAUAUUGGAACUGAAUUUGUUUUCGAACCAUUUAUGCCUGAAAUGUAUUUUGGUGUGGGCAUUAACAUGCCUCCUGGUAGAAAACGAAUUGUGAUUACCUUGGCCGCGGUUGACUUAAAUAAUGUUACUCGACCAAAUGGAGUUUGCUUUGAGAUGAGAGGAGAAUUUUAUAAGGUCCAAAAAGGGACUAAAACCGAAUGA